UUUGCUCUAUUACAGUAAAUAAUGGCGAAAUGGAGAUUGAAAAUAUGGUUGAAGACGAAAUGCCAAAGGAUACCGAAAAAUCAAAUAAGAAAAGUGAUAUUGCAACCAUUAAAAAAUAUUGCAUUUCUAUCGAGAGUGAACAGGGUAGAAACGCAACUGAUAAGCAUUAUCGAGUUACGAAAAAGACAUUGAAGA